ACUUUUAAGCUGAUAGGUUACUCUGUCUUAAGAAAAAAUUUUAAAAAAAGUUUUUGUUUUUCUUUUCACCAUUCAUAACAAACAAACAACUAUCAUAUACAUUAUUAUUAUUAUUAUUAUUAUAUUCAAAGGGGGGUUUUUGUUUUCUUUACAAACUUGAGAGAUCAAUAAUAUUUAUCAACACCUACGCAAUAUUAUCCAACAACAACAAAAAAAAGAAAAAAAAUAUAUAGAAUCAACGACUAUCUAAUUUCUAUAAUAUUCAAUUCUACAGUGAAGGUUUCAAACGAUGCAUGUCUCCAUACAAUAAUGCAAAAUUUCAAUCAGAAACAAUAUAAGGCAAUUUGUGAAAUACAAUAAUCAUCAUCAAUAAUAAUUAUUUAAGGCAGCAAGUAUACUUUCGAAUUUUUUCAAAAAAAACGCCUUAUUUUUUGUUUUUGUAUUUUCUAUAUUUGUAUUCAACAUAAUAGUGGAAUCAUUUAUUUAUUAUCUUUCUUCUUCUUCCAUUGAUAAUCAUAUAACAGAUUUAUACAAAUGAUCAGUACAAGAUCAAUGAGAAUAUUGGACAAAUAUACAUAGAUCAUUUUCUACUUAUAUAUAUAUUCAAGUUGCUAUAUCAAUUAAAUUUUCUAUGAAAGAAUUCAUUUAUAUAAUAUGAAAGUUGAUAUCCACUAUAUGUUAUUUGUUGUAAUAUACAAAGUUUAAAUUGAUCUUCUAUGGAGACAUAUUCCUUCACUUAAUUUCAACGGAAAUUUAUCAUCAAUGUUAUGAAAAUUCUUUUGAACUUAUGACGUAAUCAGUUUAUGAAAGUAUAACAUUAUUAUUUAGAUUGGAAAAUAUCUCUAUUUUAAUAAAUAUCUAUUUUUACUAUGUCUACUGAAUUGAAUCCAAUUGAUAUGAAACAAUCAUCACCAACAACUGAUGAAUCAAUGAAAGUAGAUCUAAUAAAAAUGGAUGAUAAUUUAAAAUCAAAUAUAACAUGUGAAUUAUAUGAUACAUUAAUAGAUCCAGAAUGUAAAAAAUCUAAAUUAUCCGAUGUUUGGGAAACAAGUCAUACACCUCCAUUAGAAUGUCAAGAAUAUGAUUCGUUAAAAGUUAAAAAAGAUCUAUACAAAGAUAUUACUACCAAUGUAGAUGUUGUUGUUGUUGAUGAUGAUGAUGGUGAUAAUUUGAAAAAAUUCCGUGAUACAGAAAAAACUGUAUCAUGUUAUAGACAUACAGAUGAUUAUGAAAUAUAUCAUUCUAGUAUUGAAAAAGAUAUUUGUACAGAAUUGGAUAAUCCUAUGUACAUACCAAUUAAAUUACCAUUGAGUAGUAAUUUAUAUGUUCCAGUAUAUUAUGUACAGUCGAGUGAAGAAACUUCACCUAAAUUAAAUAAACAUAAUUUGGAUUUUAAUGACUUAAAUAAUAUCCAUAAGGAUUCUAUUAAUAAUAAUAAUAAUAAUUAUCAAAUCAAAGGUAAGUCAUAAAUAUAGAUUAAAUUCUCAUGAUAACCUAAGUAAACAAGAUGAAUCUCAACGACUAACUAGUGAUUAUCAUAUAAAUAUUAAUAAUCAGGGAUAUGAAAAUUGUUUAUCAAAAUAUGAUACAACUAAGCCAGAGCCUAAUCCUUAUGAUUUAGAAAUAUGUAAUGUACAGACAGAAUUAAAUGAACCAUUAAUGAAAACAAAAUAUUCAGAGAAAUCAAAAACUAGUAAAGUGUUAUUAAAACAAAAAUUACAUUUUAUGAAGCCAAAAUUAAAAAUGAAUAUGAAUAAUACAGAAAAUGAAAUUGUUAUACCGGAUAGUCAGGGAAAAAUGACUGAUGAAAGUCAUAGAAUUGAAAAAAGACAAAAAAUUGGUUGUUCACCAAAACUUAAAUUUAAAAAACAUGAAUAUCGAAAUAGAAAGGAAAAAGAAAUUAUGCAACAAAAUGAUAAACCUGUUGAAGGUGUUAUCAGUGGAAAACAAUACAAAAUUCCUGAUCAAGAUUUAAAUAAUCAACUUAAUGAACAUGUAUCAAUUGAAACAUCAGCAAUAGAAAACAAAAAUGUGACAAGAAAAAUGAAAAUGCUACAUCGCAAGAAAAAUGAACUAAAAGAAAAUGAAAAAAA